AUGGGCCGUAGCAGCAAGAGCAGCCGUCGUGACGACGACGACCGAAAGAGCGACCGCAAGAGCAGCAGGAGUCGUCAUCAUAGUGAUCGAAGCCACAGUCCAGACUUUAAAAGACGCGACAAGAAUAAGGAGACGGACGAGGACAAGUUGCUUCGCAAAGCCAAGGAGUUUGUCGAAAAAGAAGAAAAGCGCAAACGAUCCAGAGACCACAAUGAUGAUGACGGAAGCGAUCGAAGGAAAAAGUCAUCUAGACGGUCGCGAUCACCCGAAGAGGAUCGAUCCAACAGAAAGCGGGAUGACGACGAAGAUCGCCGCCGCAAAUCCGACAACCACAAGCACGCCAGCAAAAAACACAGUCGUCGAGGAUCCAAUGGAGGCAGUGAUUCAUCGGACGACGACAAGGACCGCAAAAAGCACAGCAGCAGUAAAGAUCGUCGCAGCAGAGAUGAGCAGCGCAAACACAACAAACACGGCAAGAAGAAGGAAGAGAGCAAGAAGGACCGCAAACAUCGAAAGGAAGACAAGAAACAUUCCAAGAAAAGAAAAGAGGAUGGAGGAUCUUCCAAACCCAAAGCACAGAAACCCGACAAAUCCAAGUUGGUUCCCUUGGGAUCUCCCCCUGGAAAACCUCCAGCGCAACUAUUGGAUGCGGAAAAAGAUUACUUUGCGUAUCAUCAAAAAUUGUGGGUUUGGUUAUAUCGGGAGGAGGGGGUCGCCUUUAACGACCUCACUUCGGAAGAAUCACGCAGUGCAUUUGAACGAUUCGUCGAACAAUACAAUGCUGGAAAACUAGAAGCCGCCUACUACGAUGAAAAGGGCUUGCCCAGUCAAGCCAUUGAUGAAUGCAAAACGACACGACACAAAUGGACGUUUCAAACCAGCGCCACUGAACGAGAGGGAUUGCAAAUGUUGCAAGAUGGCGUGCGGAAAUUAACCGAGUACAGCGCCCCCGGGACGACUACUACAGACAAGAAGCAAAACAACAACACCAAGCCAUCGGUUGCUCCAGCCGUGGCCCCACGCAACGAUGCUACCAAAGAUGAUAAUGAUGACGACAAUAACGGACGUCGCCGGUGGACGCCAGAAGAACGCAUGACAAAUCGUGUCGCCCACAAACGCCUCAAAGAGCAUGUGCGGACAGCCGAAGAAGAAUUUGGUGGCGGUCGCGCGGAUUACGGGCGAGAACGGCAGCUGGAAAAGAAAAAGGAGGUCGCCGCCAAGCUGCAUGGUGCCGCCAGAGAUCGUGAGGAUGCAGGAGUGACCAUUUCCGACGAUGCCUUGUAUGGCGAUGGUGGUCAUGGUGCCAGCUUCCAGGCGGCACUGGCCAGGGAACGGAAACGCAAGGCACAACGAGAAGACAGCAAACAGGCACGAAUCCAAGAGCUGCAGCAAAAAGAACAAAACAAACAAAAGGCAAUGUUGGACAUGCUGGGGCUGGCGGGGAUUGCGCCAGGAAAAAAGAUUCAGAUUGCCCCGCGCAAUGAUUCCAAGUAG